UACAUAAAUACUAUAUAGCUCAAGCUCCAUGAUUUUCGCUCUGUCACACAGCUUCAGUUUCCCUACAAAACGAUUAGUAAAUCAAAUCUAGACCGUUAACCCCACGACGUUGAAGGACCCUACAAAACUUGUUUGACGGUUCAGAUUUACUGAUUUUUUUUUUUUGUAACUUUUUAAUUCGCCGGCUCUCUCUCUCUUGCCGUGCUUUCGAUUUUUUGACAGAAACACACAAAAGGAAAAAUAUAUCAUCGAAUGAGAUAAAUAAAUAUCCGCAGCGAAGAGCGCGGAAGAAGGAAGCUUUCCCUUUUUAAGAUCCCCCAUUACAUUAAGAGAUCCGUGGAGGAGAAUUUCUAGCAGACCGAUCUCUGUUUCUUACGAAUCUCUCUCUGUCUUUGUCGGAAACUCGACUUCUCUCUGAUAAUCAUAUAAAAAAUAUGGGUUUGUGGGAUGCUCUUCUCAAUUGGCUUCGCAGCCUUUUCUUCAAGCAAGAAAUGGAGCUUUCAUUGAUUGGAUUGCAAAAUGCAGGAAAGACAUCACUUGUAAACGUUGUUGCGACUGGUGGAUACAGUGAAGACAUGAUCCCUACGGUCGGAUUCAACAUGAGGAAAGUGACAAAAGGAAGUGUCACAAUCAAGCUUUGGGAUCUUGGUGGUCAACCUAGGUUCCGCAGCAUGUGGGAACGCUACUGUCGUUCUGUUUCUGCCAUUGUGUAUGUAGUUGAUGCUGCUGAUCCUGACAACCUCAGUGUCUCCAAAAGCGAACUCCAUGAUUUGUUGAGCAAGACAUCGCUUAGUGGUAUCCCUCUUCUAGUCCUUGGGAAUAAAAUCGACAAGCCUGGAGCUUUAUCUAAAGAAGCCUUAACCGAGGAAAUGGGACUCAAGUCACUCACAGAUAGAGAAGUAUGUUGCUUCAUGAUAUCUUGCAAGAACUCCACCAACAUUGAUCAAGUCAUUGAUUGGCUUGUAAAGCACUCCAAAUCAGCAAAUCCUGUGCUUGAACCCGACUUGGUUGUGUACAAUGCUAUUCUGAACGCUUGUGUUCCAACACUCCAAUGGAAGGCUGUUUCAUGGGUAUUUAUAGAGUUAAGAAAAAAUGGUCUGAGGCCUAAUGGAGCUACAUAUGGGCUUGCAAUGGAGGUUAUGCUGGAGUCAGGGAAGUAUGAUCGUGUUCACAAUUUUUUUAGGAAGAUGAAAAGCAGUGGCGAAGCUCCAAAAGCAAUUACAUACAAGGUUCUUGUCCGAGCUCUCUGGAGAGAAGGCAAAAUCGAGGAAGCUGUUGAAGCAGUCAGAGAUAUGGAACAAAAGGGAGUUAUAGGAACAGGUUCAGUUUACUAUGAAUUGGCAUGCUGUCUGUGCAACAAUGGGCGUUGGGGUGAUGCAAUGCUCGAGGUGGGGAGGAUGAAAAGACUUGAAAAUUGCAAGCCGCUCGAGAUUACAUUCACAGGACUCAUAGCGGCUUCAUUGAAUGGUGGUCAUGUUGAUGAUUGCAUGGCUAUAUUCCAGUAUAUGGAAGAUAAAUGCGACCCAAAUAUAGGAACUGUGAACAUGAUGCUUAGAGUUUACGGAAGGAAUGAUAUGUUUUCAGAAGCUAAAGAAUUAUUUGAAGAGGUUGUCAGCAGAAAAGAGACUCAUCUAGUCCCAAACGAGUAUACAUACAGCUUCAUGCUUGAAGCUUCAGCUAGAUCACUGCAAUGGGAAUACUUUGAGCAUGUGUAUCAGACGAUGAUUCUUUCUGGUUACCAAAUGGAUCAAACAAAACACGCAUCAUUGCUUAUAGAAGCAUCAAGAGCCGGGAAGUGGAGUCUUCUAGAGCAUGCCUUCGAUGCGGUUCUUGAAGAUGGAGAAAUCCCUCACCCAUUAUUUUUCACUGAACUGUUGUGUCAUGCAACAGCUAAAGGUGAUUACCAAAGAGCCAUCACUCUGAUUAACGCUGUGGCUCUCGCAUCUUUCCAGAUCAGUGAAGAAGAAUGGACUGACCUUUUCGAGGAACAUCAAGACUGGCUUACUCGAGAGAAUCUUCAGAAACUCUCCGAUCAUCUCCUUGACUGUGAUUAUGUAAAUGAACCAACGGUCUCAAACCUCUCAAAGUCAUUGAAGUCUCUAUGUGGGUCUUCUUCUUCUUCACCACAACCAUUGUUAGCCAUAGAUGUAACAACUCAAAGUCAGAGCGAGAAGCCUGAGGAAGAUUUGCUUCUUCAUGAUAUAGCAAUGGAAGAUAAUGAUGCUAAUGGUGAAGCUUGGGAAUUUACAGAGACUGAACUCGAAACGUUGGGCCUAGAAGAACUCGAGAUUGAUGAUGAUGAAGAGUCUAGUGACUCUGAUUCGCUUUCAGUUUAUGACAUUCUGAAAGAAUGGGAAGAGAGUAGUAAGAAAGAGACUUGAAAAUGCUUUCUCAAAAUCUUCGAUAUGAUUUCGCUACUAUCUUACAAAGAUUAAACAAAAUCUUAAUUUAUUUGCUUAUUCA